UUCUCCUCUUCAACCUCCAUUCUCCCUCUCUCCCUUCUUCUCUUCUCUCCUCUUUCCCCUCCCCCACUCUUUCGUGUCCUUCCUCCCCCUUCUCUGAAUAACCAAGCUCUUUUGCUUCCGAGGAGAGAGAGAGAGAGAGAGAGAGAGAGAGAGAGAGAGAGAGAGAGAGAGAAGAGAGAGAGAGAGACUGGAAGCCAGGAGGGAAUCUGGUACAUCUGGGAGUGGAAACUUGAUGCUUCUGGGCCCUGAUUUGCCAAGGCCUCGCCAAAGACGCCUAAAGGAGCCCGUUUGUGUGCUGUGGCCACGGUCUGCUGUGACUGGAUCUUGUCCUCUGCCUGGCUCCUCGAUUUCCGUCCGGCUGAAUUUGGGACCAGCACUGCCUGUCGCAGACAAAUCAAAUGAGACUUCAAAGAAGCAUAAAAUGAACAGACUAUUCAAUCAAACAAAGACCGGGGCAGCAGUACGCCAGCAAGACUGCAUCUUCUCCCCGCCUAGAAGUCCUGAGAAAUCGAGGAUCCCCCUUAAAACAUUCACAUACAAGAUAUGUGCAAUCAAGCUGCCGGCACUUGGUAAAAAGCUCCUGAUGCCUAAGCCAAUGAUCCGGAGCAGAUCUUUGAAUCAGCUGUCACUUCUAUAGAAUGGGAUUUCCCCCUUCUUCCUCUUUAACCAGCGUUGGAAACUGCCAAUGGCUUUAUACGACUCAGUAGAAGAAGGUUAAAGAAUCUAACGGGAGAAUGAAGCAAUUUACAAUGCAAAUAGAUGCCUGUGAAGAGACGGACGCUGCUGCUCUCCCCCCUCCCCCCAACAGCUUGCUGCACCUUAGUCGCUGGUCUUAUUUUAUGAUACUAAUAGAUGAAUUGUUGGCUAACGAUGCUGGAGCUUACUUACUGGAAGGGGAAAAAAAAAAGUUUGGAAUAAACUCUGAAUGCAACAGAUCUCAUUUGGAUGUUCUAGCCGCACACACUCAGACAGAAACCAGGUCCUGUUGACGUGAAAGGAGAAUCUUAAAGGCGGCAAGUAGCCCGGAGGACGACACUUCCCUAAAAGCCAAAAGGAGCCGGAUCUGGAGUCCAGCCAAAGGAAGCCGGCCUUGUGAGGGAAGCGAGUUGUUAUCUUUGGUUAUCUAGCUGUAUGAGUGUAUUGGUCUUCAUAAAGCUAGAUAACCGAAAGUAAAAACUCCUUCAAGAUCACCGAGGAGCGCUCCGGAAAGAAAGACUGCACCCAAGAGACAGUAAAAACCAGAAAGGUCAGGAAUGCUUAUUGAAUCUAACUUUUCGUGUCUUAUGAUUGAAAGUGGGAAGCUAAGUAACACACGUAUUGAAAUCUAAAGGGGCCAGGUUUUGAGGGGGGCUGUUCGACUGGAGAGGAGAAUUGUGUAGUGCUCUUUCUGGGGUGAAGAUGCAUGUAUUUUCUAUAUCGUUCUAUUUUGAAGCAGACGUUUACAUAUGAGAUUUUUUUUCCCCUUAGAAAGCUGUUAUAGCGAUGCCUGGUACCUCGUUUUUUUUUAAAAAAAAUAUUUCAUAAUUAUGUAGAUUUGGGCAGUUCCCAUCUGAGGUCCCCUCCCUCAAGUUUGAAGCUUGUGCCUGGAAACUUUCUAUGUAUUUGGGUGUGUACAUCAAAUUCUGUGAAGUUAGACUUUCAGUAAAGCUUAUCCUGGAAGGUUAAUAAUUUAUAUCUACCGAGGACUUAGAGCUAGCAGGGAAAGGGGAUGGGGGCAAAGGCUGAUUUUUAUUCUUCUAUUCAAAAUACAAGGACAGAUGCUUCUCUGUUCCAAGAGGGUUUCCUUGAGGAAGCUACUGAAGCAGAAAGACAUGAUGGAGACGAGAUCGCCUCCCCUCUUGUCAAAGUGUUAAAAAACUGUUCUGUCUUACUCUGCGCCUAGCAUUGGAAAUGAAAGUGACAUUUACGCCACA